AUGAAAACAAUUUCUACUGAAUUUUAUUUAGUUACUCUUCUACUUUUAUUAAUAUUUAUUAUAAAUAUAUUACAUAUACUUUAUUUAAUCAUUUAUAAACAUAAUAAACAAAUCAAAUCCGUUCGUUUAAUAUUAAUUAAUUCAUCUUUAUCAUCAUUAAUUGUUUCUAUAUGGCUUAUACCAUUCUUUUAUUUUCGAACAAUAUGGUCAUCAGAAUCUAUAUCAUGGCGUUUAUGGUCAUUUGUUUUUCAUAUUGUUGAUGCUGUACAACUAUAUUCUCUCGUUCUAUUAAUAACCAUUCGUUCUUUUCAACGAAUAUUUAUUUGUUUUAUAUGGUUAGCACCUAUAAUUGCAUAUUCAUCAUUAUUAUGGUUAAAUGUACCAUAUGAUGAUAUCGAUCAUUUACCUUAUCGAAGAUUAACUAUCAAUGUUCCAUGGUGGAUAUUACCAAUACUUUAUUCGAGUAUGUAUAUUAUUCCAAUAAUUAUUUCAUUUGUAUUAAGUAGUAUUCAUGUUUGUUGGCCUUUAAUUUAUUAUUAUUAUUAUAAAAAACAAAAAAACAACAUUGUUCAGAAUCAAGAUACUAAUGAACAUCAUAAUGAUAUGAUAGAAUUAAAAAACCUUAUUGACACCGUAUUUAAUUUUCAAUUAGAACAAUCAAACAAUAAAUCCUCACAUAAAUUUCAUACAUGGACAUCUUCAUUUUCAAAACUAUUAUCGAAUAAAUUUCAUCGAUCAUUAUCGUAUAAUGUUGAUCAACAUGAAUCGUUUCUUCUAUUUGAUGAACUUUCAACAUCUCCAUUAAUUCGUUCAUCAUCAAUACAAACAAAAGAUUGUAUUGAACAACCACUUAAUGCUGGUCUUUUAUUUAUCGUCACAUGUCUUUUAUUACUUGUACAUUUACCUUAUAUACUUUCAUCUUUGUUUGAUGUGUCAUCACUACAAUUAUCAACAUUUAUUUAUAUACAUUGGUGUGGAACAUUAUUUCUACCAUUCAUGCAUAUUAAAUAA